AGUGGUUAAUAGUUGCUCCUGUAACUGGUGAAGCUGUGAGUUGGGAAAGUGACGUGCGGGAGUUUGCAACUCCACCCCACAGCGAGAGAGAGAGAGAGAGAGAGAACGAGAGAAAGAAAGAGAGAAAAAGAGAAAAAGAGAGAGAACGAGAGAGAACGCGAGCAGGGGGGAGAGAGAGAGAGCGAGUGUAGCGGGCAUUAGCGGCGGGGCCGGCCGGCCGGCGGGGCCAUGUAACCGGGGCCGGAGCGGAGAGGAGAGGAGUCGGGUCGGGUCGGGUCGGGCAUUAGCGGCGGCCGGACAUGGCGCAGUCUCCUGUGGCCGUGACCGUCCCGGGGAUGCAGAAUUACCGAGCAGAUCCUGAGGGACUCUUCACCAAGCUGGAGCGGAUCGGAAAGGGGUCCUUCGGUGAAGUCUUCAAAGGAAUUGACAAUCGGACUCAACAAGUGGUGGCCAUCAAGAUCAUUGACCUUGAGGAAGCUGAGGAUGAGAUUGAGGACAUCCAGCAGGAGAUCACUGUCCUCAGUCAGUGCGACAGCCCUUACGUAACCAAGUAUUACGGAUCAUAUUUAAAGGGGACAAAGUUGUGGAUCAUCAUGGAAUAUCUGGGAGGAGGCUCGGCACUGGAUCUGCUCCGAGCCGGCCCCUUUGACGAGUUCCAGAUCGCCACCAUGCUGAAGGAGAUCCUGAAGGGCCUGGACUACCUGCACUCCGAGAAGAAGAUCCACAGAGAUAUCAAAGCGGCCAAUGUCCUGCUGUCGGAGCAGGGUGAGGUGAAGUUGGCGGACUUUGGUGUGGCGGGCCAGCUGACGGACACACAGAUCAAACGGGACACAUUCGUGGGCACGCCGUUCUGGAUGGCCCCCGAGGUCAUCCAGCAGUCUGCCUACGACUCCAAGGCUGACAUCUGGUCUCUGGGCAUCACGGCCAUCGAGUUGGCCAAGGGGGAACCCCCCAACUCGGACAUGCACCCCAUGAGGGUCCUCUUCCUCAUUCCCAAGAACAACCCGCCCACGCUGGGGGGAGAGUUCAGCAAAUCAUUCAAGGAGUUUAUCGACGCGUGUCUGAACAAGGACCCCUCCUUCCGGCCCACAGCCAGGGAGCUGCUCAAACACAAGUUCAUCCUGAAGAACUGCAAGAAGACGUCGUAUCUAACGGAGGUGAUCGAUGGAUACAAGCGGUGGAAGGCUGAGGGUCACAGCGACGAUGACUCCAGUUCAGACGAGUCCGACUCCAGCAGCAGCAGCGACAAGGAGAACCGAGGGGCCAAGCCCAUCGAGUGGUCAUUCACCACCGUCAGGAAGAAACCUAACGCCAAGAAGCUGCAGAACGGCACGGACGAGGACAAGAAGAUAUCGGUCUGUCUGUCCACAGUGAUGGCUCCGCUCUUUGCCCAGCUGAAGGAGCAGGAUGGAGACAAUGUGGAGAAGGCAGCAGUGAUCGAUGCGCUGGAGACCAGCCUGGUGCGGGCGGAGGCUGGCUACCCCGGUAUCACCGAGAAGAUGAUCCAGAAAAUCCUAGAGAGGUUCCAAAGGUUUUCUGCCACUGAAGCUUGUUAGAGGACCUGUCCCACCCACCUCACACUCCCGUAGGUCCCAGCACACCCAACGCUGAACACACCUCCUCGCACACCCCUGCCUCCCACUCUCAAGGGGGGGGGUCUGUAGACCAGACCUCCUCAUUUCCCUCCCUCCCACUUUCCCCACUCUUCCCCCUUCCACCGACCGAGUGGCACGUCAGCGAGAUGGAAGCAUCGCACCGCGUGAAGCUCGGAGGCUGAGUGAGGGACCGCUGAAUGGAUUAUCCUGUCAUCUGGCAGGGCUGAGGAUUCACCUUUCCUGCACCUCUCUGCUGACGUAUGAUGGAUAUUGGCGGGCACAGCCCCCACCACAGCUGUCACUGUUGUUGAUGGAAAAG